GUCACUUCCGGCCAAGGACGUCCGGCAGCAGGAAAGGGUUAAGUUUAAAUUGGCGGUCGCUGCGCGGAGUCGGUAGGGGAGAAGAUCUGGCGAUGGACACAGAGGAGAUCGUUGGGGCAGGGGCGCUGGCGGCUGAGGCGUCUCAUGUGGAGCUGGUGGGAGAACCUGAUCCAGAGCUGGCAGCCACGAUGGGCUUCUCAGGCUUUGGAAAGAAAGCUCGAACGUUUGACUUGGAAGCAAUGUUUGAACAAACUCGAAGAACUGCAGUGGAAAGAAGUAAAAAGAUGCUGGAAGCCCGUGCAAGAGAAGAGGAAGCCCAGAAAGAAAAAGAACUGAGAAGCCAACAUGAAGAUAUUGAUUCAACAACUUCAGGCUCAAGUGUGAUGGGAGCUUGCUCUGCAUCAACUUGCAGAGAGGCAGAAAGUAGUGAAAGUGAAGAUGGGUCAAAUGAAGAAUUAAUUGGUCCUCCUUUGCCAUGCCAAACUUCCAUUCAAGGACCAGCAGAGGAGGAGGAGGAGGAGGAUGAAUUUAUUGGGCCACCACUUCCACCAGGUUAUAAGGACAGUGAUGAUGAUGACGACGACGACAUGCAAGAGGAAGAUAAUAACCCUAUCAAGAAAAUUCCAGACUCUCAUGAAAUUACACUCCAGCACGGGACCAAAACUGUAUCUGCUUUGGGUUUGGAUCCUUCAGGUGCCCGUUUGGUAACUGGAGGGUAUGACUAUGAUGUUCGGCUUUGGGACUUCGCUGGAAUGGAUGCAUCUCUUCAAGCUUUUCGAUCACUUCAGCCUUGUGAAUGUCACCAAAUCAAAUCUUUACAGUAUAGCAGCACGGGAGAUGUCAUUCUUGUUGUGUCUGGUAACUCUCAAGCUAAAGUUCUUGACAGAGAUGGCUUUCCAGUAAUGGAAUGUGUUAAAGGAGACCAGUACAUUGUGGACAUGGCAAACACCAAGGGUCAUACAGCAAUGCUUAAUACAGGCUGUUGGCAUCCCAAAAUAAAAGAAGAAUUUUUGACUUGUUCCAAUGAUGGGACUGUGAGGACAUGGGAUGUUAACAAUGACAAAAAGCACAAAGGUGUGUUUAAACCACGGUCAGUUCAAGGUAAACGGGUGAUUCCUACAACUUGCACAUAUAGCAGAGAUGGUAAACUUAUUGCAGCUGGCUGCCAAGAUGGCUCCAUCCAGAUCUGGGACAGGAAUAUGAAUGUUCAUACAAAGUUCCACUGCAGGCAGGCACAUGCUCCUGGCACAGAAACUUCAUGCUUGACGUUUUCCUAUGAUGGUACUGUCCUUGCUAGUCGAGGAGGAGAUGAUACAUUAAAAACAUGGGAUAUCAGGCAAUUUAAAAAACCUAUUAACUCAGUUGAAGGUCUGUCCAGCUUCUUCCCAAUGACAGAUUGCUGUUUCAGCCCAGAUGAUAAGUUAAUUGUCACGGGCACCUCUAUUAAGAAAGGAGGUGGCAAUGGGAAGCUUAUUUUCUUUGAACGGGAGACGUUCCAGAAAGUGUAUGAAAUAGAAGUCACAGAUGCUAGUGUUGUGCGUUGUCUUUGGCAUCCCAAGCUAAACCAGAUCAUGGUUGGUACAGGAAAUGGAUUGGCUAAAGUAUAUUAUGAUCCAGUCAAAAGCCAGAGGGGAGCAAAACUAUGUGUGGUUAAAACAAAACGAAAAGCCAGACAGGCAGAGACUCUUACACAGGAUUACAUUAUAACACCUCAUGCCCUUCCAAUGUUUCGUGAACCACGGCAACGAAGUACCAGGAAACAGUUGGAAAAGGAUAGGCUGGAUCCCCUGAAAUCUCACAAACCAGAACCUCCAGUAGCAGGACCAGGUCGUGGGGGCCGUGUUGGAACUCAUGGAGGUACAUUGUCAUCAUACAUAGUCAAGAAUAUUGCAUUGGAUAAGACUGAUGAUAGCAACCCCCGAGAGGCCAUUUUACGACAUGCAAAGGAAGCUGAGGAUAACCCCUACUGGGUUGCUCCAGCCUAUUCUAAGACUCAACCAAAAGCAGUUUUUGCAGAAGUGGAAUCAGAGGAAGAUGAAACAGACAAUAAGCCAGAGUGGAAAAAACGUAAAAUAUGAAGAACUUGAUUUGGGGAAGGUGACUGUGGAUUCAAAACAAAGUGAAGAGUUUUUUCAUUAUGCAAUAAAAGGUUGAAUUCUUUACAAACAGAAAUUCUUUUAAUGCAUUGCACAGUUUGGAACAAGCCGACAGAAGAUGAUUGUUGCAUUACAGUUGACUAGAAUUGUUGAUCUGCCUUUUGUAAUAAGGAGUUAAUUAUAUUAUGCAGAAAUCUUAUGUCAUUUUCUUAACUUUUGAUUUAUAAAAAAAGUAUUUGUUUGUAAUUUUUAACCAGAAUACAUCUUCGAUGAUUAAUGAGAAAGCAACAUUUUACUGUAAUAUUCCAUCUGAGGAUUUUAAGUAAGAACAUAAAAACUGGAGUUUUUCGGGCUUCUUUUAUUUAUUCCAAUAACAUCUAUCAAGCUGUGUAAAAAGGUCAUGGUUUCACAUUUUUUAGGAAUAUCAAUUUAGGAUAAUUCUUCAGCAUCAGGUUUGUUUAGCUGGUGUGCUAGUUUCGUAAAACAUCAAAUAUUUUCUAGUAUUUAUGGCUUAUCUGAAAUAAGUUCUUUUGAAUUGUACAGUAUCUCACAUUACUGGUAAAGAUUUUAUUUUAUAAGCCAUAUGGAGUAAGAAUGUACAAUUCUGUAUAUUUAUCUUAAUUAAAACAUUGUACACUUGUUACUUUUCUUUUUCUAAUUUUGUAUGGUUAUUCAAAGUUAAAUAGAUUUUGUGCAGGCCUCUUAAUUCUAUUGUUGUGUAUUCGUAACUAAUAACACUUGAUAAUGCAUGUUUGUUAGUCAAUAUACAGAUAGACUUGGGCUUGCUGAGGUGUAUAGCUGAACUGUGCAUAUAUUGGCUGACAAAGUUAAUUUCUAAAGUGUGAUGUGACCUUUAUAAAACGGUGGUAUUUACCACCAAGUUGCUAUGGUAAAUAUUGCUAAGUGAAAGAGCGAGAGAUUUAAAAAAACAAAAACAAACCAACCUCCUUAAGGCAAAUAAAGAGGAAGCCAGAUCACUUGUGGGCUUGUAUAGUUUAGUUUAGAUACCGCAGUGAUGACCCUGAAAUGUACUAAGCACCCUCCAUCCCCAGUGAUAUCAUUGAGAGUGGAGGGUACUCAGCAUCUUGUAGGAUUGAGUUCUGUAAGUGAUGACUGGAAUGGGGUUAAGAAGGACUUUCGUCUACCUGACUGAGCCAAGAUUCAGCAAAUAAAUUAAGCACAUUUAAUUUUAAGAACAUAGUUAUAUCUUAUUGAAAUCAAUGGCGUUUAGACACUUGCUUCAGUGUUUUGCUGAAUAAGAACCUAAUUUAAAUAUGUUUUUCCCCCUUUUCUCUUUGCUGUUUUCCUUCCAUGUCUUGUCUUUCCUUUUCCCAUCACCUGCAACUUUGCGGCCAGCAGGCCAGUUCCCAGAGGGUUUCCUGAAUAUUGGCCUGAGAUGCUAACAUCAGAACAUCUCCACUGCUGCUGCCAGAACUUAGCCCUUUGAUACUGAUAUGGUUAUACUAUGGCAUUAGUGAGGAUAAACCACCACUUGCCAUUUAUACCAAAAAAGGAAAGCAUAACUUAUUUAAAAUAAUAAAUUAAUGGUUUGCCAUAUUUUCUGCUACCAUGAAAUAAUGUCAGUAUCAAAGGCACUAAGCUGCUAGUUCAAUAGUGACUGCUUGCCCAAAAAGUAUAGAUAUGGAAAGGAGGGGAAGAAAGAGAAAGAAGGGAGCCGGUGAGCGUAGCAGAGAGUCAAGGGAUGAACUCAGACAAACCUCACUCUUAAUUAACAAGAUCUAUCGAAGUGCUCGCAACAGUGUCCACAUCGGUGAAUAAUAUCAAUCUUUACAAGUUAGUGAAAUAUAAAUUAAAACAUUUUAUUAAUAUGAUUGUCAUUCCUAUUAAUAGAUGAUCUAGGAUUCAGCUAGUCCUCCUGAUUUUAUAACUUUGAACUCAUGGCAACCUGUUGCUUUUAAAAACACUGGAAGUUCUUUACUGUGCCAGCAUGGAUUACUAGAAUGCAGAGAGCUAGAAAGGAAAGACAUGAUUAAAAAAAUGCUGCAACUGAUGUUCUCUGAUCAUGCAAGCAUAAGGAAUAAUUAAAGCAAAGUCUCCUCCUUUUACAUUAUUCCAUCAGGUUAGUAGCCCAUAUAAUAUCUUAAUAAAUUAAAAUUAUGUUUAUUUUUUCAGAUGUUGCUUGAUAUUAAGAUUUUUAAUUAUUUUAUUAAAAUGUAAAUGUACCCUCCAGUA